AAUCAGCUGCAACAACCGUAAUAAAAUAAGUCAUACCACUGUCAUUCGUAUGUGGAAAGUCUGACGGUACUAUGGACGGUCAGAAAAGUAGAGUGGCGGCGAGGGGGAGCCCCUCCCCUUCGAUAUCGCGCGUCGACUCUCCAAAAAACGUUCGUACAGAACGCUGGGCGGUGGAAGAGGAGGACCGAAGGGGAGGGGGAGGUACCUCCACCGGCGGCGCCGAAGCGAAGAAGAAGACGGCCGCCAUCACGCGCAGCAGCGAAGAGCGCAAAGAGAGCCAGCUUGUAACUUCGCGUUUGUUUUCGCUUUGCCAGACUUUGCUCCUCUUACCUCGUCCUCGUCGUCGUGUCUUACAAUCAAAAGUAUGCCGCGAAGUAACUUCGUACAACGCGCUGCUGACAACACAAAGAAGAAUGAAGAUUACCUGAAGUAUGUGGUAGACGGUUUUUACUAAUCAAAAAUGAACAGUGAGCAACAUGCUCUGCCAGCGACAACGCAGGCACAACAAGAGGAAAUAAGUGGUCAAGGUACUACUCGUACCUCGUAUCAAGGUGAUGUGCCAACAGCAACAACUGUCAACAAUGUAACACAUAAUCCAAGCACGUCCACAGACCUCCGUGUAGGUACUGUAGCGUUAGCAUCAUCGGUAGCUUCCUCUGUAGCAAAAUAUUUGGUGCUUACCAAUUUAUUCCCUGGGCCAAUACCUCAGGUGUCAGUUUACCCUCCUAACAACAAAAAUGCUGGGGUUGGUAAGGUUCAAACUACAAAAGAAUCAGCUGUUUUAUUAAACCAGGAUGUAGCACUUACUUUCACUGGACCUAACCAAACUUCUACAUCACAACAGCAAACAUCUGUUAGUAGAAGUAGUCAGCAAAAUACUCUACAAUCUGUUCAGGUUCCAGUCUCUCUUCCAGGGCUGAAUCUUGAUGGAGCUCAUUUACAAACGCAUCUACAAGCCGUGCAUGCUCAAGUACAACAACAACUACAGAAUCAACAGCAACAACAACACCAACAACAACAAGCACAAUUGUUGCAGCAGGUUCAAGCCCUGCAGCAAAUUCAAAAUCAUCAAAAUGUUCAAAACUCAGUACAGGCCAACCAAAAUCAGAGUUCAUCCAGAGAUAAUAAAUCCAAGGUUGAACAACCUGAUAACCAAGGACAUCCCCAUGUAAAUAACGACCAUCAUCAACAAGCUCAGGAAUUGCAGCAAAGUCUGAUACAUCAGCAGCAACAGCAGCAACAAAUUAAUGUUACCAUUGGUGGCGGUACUACUGAUAAUGCCAAUCCCAGUGAAAAAAUUGAAAAGAAAGAGGAGAUACGCCAGCUAAAUAUGGCUCAAUUUCAAGUGCCUGACUUAAAGCCAGGGAGUCAUAUGAUGGACAUUCGAACUGCGGAUGGUUCAAUUGUGAAAAUUAGUGCUGCAAGUGAUCCUGAUCUCGCAAAAACUUUAGGCGUUGAUAUAUCUCAGUACAUCAACAAGGGAACAGUGAACGUCGAGGAAUUGAAUCAAAUAAAUCAACUGCUGGCAUACCAUGAAGUUUUUGGCAAGUUACAGAGUGAUUUAGCCGCAGGAACACCUUUGAUAGGAAGUACAGUGCCAACACAAACUGUUACAACGAUACAGAAUGGCACUCCGAUCGUGCAGCAAGUACAACUCAAUAAAUUUGAAAUAAAAACGAGUGACGGUGAAGCUACACCUGGUCCAAGUGGAUCGCCUGUUUCUGUAGGCAGUCACGCCUGUGAAGUCUGCGGCAAAAUCUUCCAGUUCAGAUAUCAGUUGAUUGUACAUCGAAGGUACCACACCGAAAGAAAGCCUUUUACUUGUCAGGUUUGCGGUAAAGCAUUCACUACUGCAAACGACCUUACACGUCAUGGAAAGUGUCAUUUAGGAGGUUCCAUGUUUACUUGUGCCGUAUGUUUCCACGUUUUUGCGAAUGCACCUUCAUUGGAACGACACAUGAAACGUCAUGCUACAGAUAAACCAUAUAACUGUACAGUUUGCGGUAAAAGUUUUGCAAGGAAGGAGCAUCUCGAUAAUCAUACGAGGUGUCAUACUGGCGAAACGCCGUAUAGAUGUCAAUACUGUGCAAAAACAUUUACCCGUAAGGAACAUAUGGUCAAUCACGUAAGGAAGCACACAGGAGAAACACCUCAUAGGUGUGACAUUUGCAAAAAGUCAUUUACUAGAAAGGAGCACUUCAUGAACCACGUUAUGUGGCAUACCGGCGAAACACCUCACCAUUGUCAAGUGUGCGGUAAAAAGUACACACGCAAGGAACAUCUUGCCAAUCACAUGCGUUCGCAUACCAAUGACACGCCUUUCCGCUGUGAAAUUUGUGGAAAAUCAUUCACGCGCAAGGAACAUUUUACGAACCAUAUCAUGUGGCAUACGGGCGAAACUCCUCAUCGGUGUGAUUUUUGCUCGAAGACAUUUACUCGUAAGGAGCAUCUACUGAACCACGUGAGGCAACACACGGGUGAGAGUCCGCACCGCUGUAACUUUUGUUCGAAAUCAUUUACGAGAAAGGAACACCUCGUUAACCACAUCCGCCAACACACAGGAGAGACGCCCUUCCGAUGCCAGUACUGUCCGAAAGCGUUCACGCGCAAGGACCACCUGGUGAAUCACGUAAGGCAGCACACGGGUGAGUCACCCCACAAGUGCCAGUAUUGUACGAAAUCGUUCACGCGCAAGGAACACUUGACGAAUCACGUGCGUCAACAUACAGGCGAAAGUCCACAUCGCUGCCAUUUCUGCAGCAAGUCCUUUACCCGUAAAGAACAUCUUACAAAUCACGUGAGGAUCCAUACCGGAGAAUCGCCACAUCGCUGUGAAUUCUGCCAGCGUACCUUCACUAGAAAAGAACAUCUAAACAAUCAUUUGAGACAGCAUACUGGUGACUCCUCUCACUGCUGUAAUGUCUGCAGCAAGCCUUUUACCAGAAAGGAGCACCUUAUAAAUCACAUGCGCUGCCACACCGGUGAACGUCCAUUCGUGUGUACAGAGUGCGGCAAAAGUUUCCCAUUGAAAGGCAACCUGCUCUUCCAUAUGCGCUCACAUAACAAAGGUAGCCAAGCCGAGCGUCCGUUCCGUUGCGAUCUCUGCCCCAAAGAUUUCAUGUGCAAAGGCCACUUGGUGUCGCAUCGACGAUCGCAUUCUGACGAACGGCCACAUCGCUGUCCCGACUGCGAUAAAACGUUUGUUGAGAAAGGCAACAUGUUGCGGCAUCUUCGCAAGCACGCUGCCGAGGGCCCACCGACACAAGUUGCAGGAGCUUUAACGCAACAACAAGUUCCUUCUACCGCUACCGCUGCUGCAGCCGCUGUACUUGUUGGACAUCCUUUGGCACAGCCUAGUGCUCCGCUUCCUCAACAUACCGUUGUUGUGCCCACCCCACCAGGAGUGCUUGCCACGUAUUGAUAGGCUGCGUGCGGAAUUCUGUACUAGUGAAAAGCUUUUGAUGUCGUUUCGACGUCGGAGAACUUGACGGAUUUUACAGCUUACUAAAUUACAUGCUAUUGAACCAACAGUUUGGUCACUUGUUUCAUUAUAUAUUUUUAACGAAUUUAGAGUUAUUGUCAGGGGUGUGCGAAUAAAUGCUUUUUUUUCUUUCGCUGUCAUAUUAGAACGUAAAAAAUGAACGUUCUUUAGCAUAAAUACUUCUUUCUUAUUUUGUUUAACUAAGCUAACAAUUUUUUCAUUUGCAUACCCCUAGUUAUUUGACGUCACAAUGUUGCGGACAAAAAUUUUUUUGUAAUAGUAAUUACAUCCGUAUUUUUUUGUUAAAAUUUUAUUUACAGUUAUAUUAAUAUUUAUUGUCUUCAUUGAUCAGGUGAUAUGUUGACUCGUAAUUAUUUGAAGAAAUUAUCAGUUUAAAACUUUGAAUACCAAUAUGAUUUGUUGUAUAUUUAUUGUUACUUUUCAUAGUAAACAAUGAAAAAAAAAUGAGAAUGAUCGUGACCGUAUUAAAUAAAUAAAUGUAGCUAAUUAAAAUAAAGUGAAGAGGCAUUACGAAUAAAAGUGCUGGUAUAUACCUGAUAUGAAAUGAAGCAAAAUUAUUAUUUUUAGAUAUAAGUAUCGAUAAUUGAAAAGCGUACUAUAACAUACAGACAACAUUUUACAGAUUUAUUAAUUUGACCAUUAAAUUGAAUAUCAUUAAAUUUGAAACGUAAUUUACUUGUACUAUUUUUCAAAAUAUCACUGAAUUAUCCAUUUUUUAAUGGUUGCAUCAACUGUUGCCUUCCUUCUGAACGAAGAAUUCUGCAGAAUUCAAUGAAAAAGUAAUUUUUUCAAACUAAAUUAAACGAUCUGUGAUUGCAGGUAGUUUAGAUUCUUAUCAGUUUUGCGUAAAUUUUUACAAACUAUUUACUUGAGCGACAUGUCUACGUCUGAUAUAUUUUCUAUUACAUGCAUAUAUGCGUAAAUGCAUAGAAUGUUCCUAACAAUACCUAGGAAAAUUAAAUACAAUUGAACAUUUUCUCACAGUUAUUAUUUGUAUCUACGGAACCUUUAGUUUCCAAGCGUUGUAAUUAACCUGGGCAAGUUAUGAAUGUAAGAGAACAAUCUUACAAAUGAAAUCUGCAGUAUCAAUGAGUUACCGUUGUUUGCACUUAAUUUUAUAAGCACUUUCCAAACUAAAAAUAGUAUGAUGAUUUCAACAGCAAUUGUGGUGACUACUCGAAUAUAUUUCACUUGGUCAGUGAUAGAAUAUAUACUACAUUUUUCUGAAUAUCUCCAAUCUGUUUUUGUAGUGAAAAGGAAACCAUCAAAUUAGCAUUAAUCUUAUACUGAGAAUGCUUUUUUAAACAUUAGCAUGCUCUAACCAACAAAAUAUUUCAAUUUAUCAAGUAAGGUAAUCUUGAAAAUAACCAGACUCACCUUGAAAAUAAUUUUAUAAUUUACAGGUGUUAUGCUUACAAGUUAGAAUGAACGUUUUGAUUUGUACAGACAAAAAAGUAAACAUAAAAUAAUGUGUCUUUAAAUAGCUUUUUAGAACAUAAAGGAACCAAAUAAAAUUUUAACAUCACUUAAUUGAUAUAAUGAUAUCGAGUUCAUAUUGCGACCAGUAGUUUGUAUUUUGCACUUUUCAUAAAUUAGCAUUGUACGUAACAAAGGCAACAUGCGAUUGUAAAAAAGACAAAUAAAAUAUCGACGCAAAUAAAAGAAAGAUUAGAGUUAGGAAUACAUUAUGUGUUGUAUAAGGAUAAAAAUAUUUUAUUCAAAUAAGAACGAUUCAAAGAAGUACUUCUUUUACACAUUUUUGUACAAGAUUUAAAAGGAAUAUCAUAAGUCAUCGUGUAGAUAUGUACUCAUUUUGAAGUACCGAACGUUAUAUAGUAAUUGUUUUUAAUUUUUUUUUAAUCUUGUAACUUACCGUUAUCUGUUUUAUUUUACGAGUGCAAUAUAACUGCAUUAUUUCGUUUGUAUGCAACUUUGGUGUAAAAUUGAGUUGUAUUAUAUAACAUUGAAUUUAAAAAUUUUUAUACUUCAGAACAUUGAACGUUGGAUUACGAAACUCAAUUUUAGACAUUAAAAUAUCGUUUCAAAUGAAAAAUUAAAUAUUUUAUAUCUUUUGUAAAAGAUUCUAAAUUCUUUCAACCAUUUAGAAUUUUACUAUAAAAUUUAUCUGGCUACUUGGUAUUAUCAUUUAGUAAUUUAUAUGCUUAUUACUUAGUAUUAAGUAGAGUACUUUUUUACUCGAAAUGUGCAUGUAAAAUGGUUUUCAAUUUUACCUUGAAUUAGUCCAUGAUUUUCAAAAUUAUUUAAAUCAUGUGAGUAUAUUUAAUACGAAACUCUAAUAUAAGUAACAAAAACUGAAAAUUCACGUGCAAAACGCUCAAUGUCAUAACUGAAAUUGUUAGCGGAAUAUGUAAACUGAAAAGAAAAUGAAAUUUUAGUAUCAAGCCUAAAGUUAAAUUUAUAAUCAUACUGCAUAUUAAGUGAUAAUGAAAGAUAAGUAUAAAGGCAGAUGACUUUAUUACAAAGAUAACGUUCUAGAAACACAAUCUUCACUCUCUCUAGCUAAAAAUUUAGAUUUAUGUACAAUAUAUUAUGAAUAUUGCUAUUGUAUAUUCACUGAACGAUCAUAACAGGCAAUUUGAAACAGAACAAAUUUGUAAAAACAAAAAUGCAAUGGACUAUUGAGACAAGCAGAUAGCGCAUCUACUUUAGAAGUAUCUAUGAUAUAAAAAGCCAUAUAUAUAUACAUAUAUAUAUAUAUACUCUGUAUUUUAACAGAGUAUUAAAUAAUCAAUACACCGAAAUAAACGUAUAAUAAGCGAAUAGUGUAGCGGAAGCACACUCGAAACAGAUGAUUAUAUAUGUAUAAUAUAUAUAGAGCGAAAGCUCGUAUACAUUAUGUGUAUAUACCGGUUUAGUGUAAGCAAGAAUUGAAAAAAGGCGACUCCAAAGUUACGUCCUCCUCAUAGCGAUGCAACCAACACUUAAAAAUCACAACAUCAUGGAUUUACUAUUACCUCCUAAAAAUGAAAAGUUUGGAGUCACUUUUUCCAGCGGAGCUAUAAAACUAAUCGUAAGAAAACAUAAAAGCUGUAAUGAAAAUAUAUUAGAGAUAAUGUUUAUAUGAAUUAUUACAAUUAAAAUAUUAUUAUGAUAUGUUACAAGUGUAUAAUUAAAAGUUUGUUUAUGCUUUGGAGGAAUUUUAAUUUUCCGCUUGUUCUAAAAGCAUAAGAGUAAAAUGACAAACCCAAAUAACUUAAGAUAUAAUUUUUUCUAAAUCAAAGCAAAACUUUUUUGUUUAUUUGAUUAUUUUAUAUUGUUUAAUUUUAUUUUAUUUUGUCAAGAGAACACUUUUUUGUAAAAAAAAGUUUGUAGCUUACUAAUGAUGCUUUGAUUUAGAAAGAAAUUUUAGGGAAAAAUAGCAUAAAUCAUUUAUAAUUUACCUUUUAUUAGAAAAAAAGAUGGAAAAAAACAUAGAAUUUUAUUAUGCACCGUUGUAAUAUUCUGUAUCCCAGUUUUGACACAAUAUACACUGGUGUUAUGUUAAAUGUGAGAAUGUGGUGUUUUUUUCCUUAUUCAAUUCUGAUGUGAGCUUCGCCAAAUCUUUGUAUGAAAGAUAUUUUUUCGAAAGCUAUUAGUACAAUACAAAUGUAUUUGAAAUUUACUUUGUAAUUAUAGCUUUACUGUGGAUAACAAAGAAAUAAAUAUCAAAAC